CCAACAGUUUGCCGCCCUCUUCUUCAUCCUCAAGUUCUAUUGCUUUGGCUGAGUCGAAUAUGCCCACAAAUGAGGAACUUAUCCUGGGGAGUCCUAACAGUCAAAAAUAUGAUAAGUCUUCUAAGGGGGACUUUGAAGGAUUGAGUGGACUUACAUGUAGUAUAAAUCAUCAAGCAGAACUAACCCAUAUGGACAAUAACAACAAGAAAAAUGCGCUUACAGGAGAUGUUUGGGGAGCAGGUCUUGAUGGAACAUUUCCUCUCAAUCCUGCUGAGGAAGAUAUAUCAAUUUCUAUUGACGAUAUUAACCAAAAAGUUGCCCUUGAAGAAGAGCAGAAAAGACAGAUAUCAGAAGCAAAUACGAACAAGGGUAAUGAGGGAAGUAAAAUUCCCAUUCUAAAAGUUUCAUAUCUUGAUCCGUCAAGUAGUUUUAUGUCUAUUCACAUGAAUACAGGUAAAAUCGAUACAAAUUGCACAUGUAGCAAAUUUAAAGCAGUUUUAUUUUACCAAUUAUUGUUUAUAUCGGCUUGUUCAGGAAUUACUUAG